AUGGCCGAUAAACUACGUACCCUCCAGAACCUCGAGGCGCUUCAGGCCCGCUACGUCGGUACAGGCCACGCCGACACGACCAAGUACGAAUGGACAUCCAACAUCCUUCGCGACAGCUACGCCUCGUAUGUCGGUCACCCGCCGCUGUUGUCAUAUAUGGCUAUUGGGAUGGGUGAACCCAAGGAGAAAGUUCGGGCGAUGAUGAUUGAGAAAAUGGUUCGAGGAGCUGGGAAUCCACCGGAGCAACAGGAAUAA